AUGAACGGAGAUGCUUCCUCCAUCCCACGGGCAGAGUCCCCAACCGGAUCGCCUCGAUCAGCAUCAAUCUCUCUCCAAGCCGCCGCAACCAUGAAUGCCGGGCUGCAGCAUGAGCCCUCACGUCGGUCGUCCACCAGUUCCCUGACACGGAACCGGUCCUCCCCCCAUACGGGUCGGCGCCGAUCAACCGUUCUUCUGAAUUUGCAGCUCAACGACCCAUCUAUCCCUGCGCCUGGCGAGAUGGCCAGCGACCAGCCCGGCCUGUCUGCCUCUAGCUCUCAGAUACUCACCGGGUCGCCCAUCACUGCCGACCCCCACCAUCACAGAGCUCCAAGCCUGGGUGAGCUUCACCAAGAACUCGAAGCUGAGCAGGAAGCACAUGUGAACCGCCUGCUCCAGAUGAUCCGACAACAACAGCUAGAGCUUCAACGCCUUCAGGCGAACAACCCUGCACAGGGACCCGAAGCAAGCUCGGCCAUAGCUGAGCGGUCCGGCCACGGAACGCCCCAGCUAUCUGCCUCUCAGGGUUCCUUCCCCGGUGCAAUUCCAGUCGGAUCGUACCCACGUUCGCCGAGUUUCCCACGCCACCACCGAGGCUCUGUGGAAGUCCAUCGCCAAUCAAGGACGCCAAGUAGGGGCGCAUCUCCAAGGCUUCGAGCUACAUCUAUCAGUGCCGAGAGCGGCGACUGGUCUCUGGGUGGCAGGGAUGAGAGUGCCUUCUACCAGGCCGAAACCCAGAUGUUGACCCGUGAGAACCAGAUGCUACGACACCGCAUCCGGGAACUGGAAAAACAAGUGGCCGACAUGUCAACUGGGCAAACAGGAGCUACGGCGGCACCAUCAACGCCAUCGCACUUAACACGAUCCUCCACUGCUGAGGAAGAGGGCGAGCAGACUAGUUAG